AGUACAAAACUAAAGGUACAGUACAUGCAAGGGUUUUAUUACGUUUAGAUCAGGUUUAAUAAAAGUGGUGAGUUGAUUACGAAAUCGUGAAGACUACUUUUAUUGCGAAUCCCUACCGUUUGCAGUUUUAUCUUAUUUCCCCUUUUAUUGCUUCAUUUGAUAAAUCCGCUUGGAGCGGUAUCAUAGUACUUAUUACCACACACUUCCAAGUUCCAGCGUACCGUGCUGUACAUUUCGCGUAGGUUCCAUGCUGCCUUCUGACGACUGUUCUAAGUAAAGUCUCAAGCCCUAGCCGACAGAUUUGCUUUGAACAGAGAGGCGCAUGCUUUGGGUUCUUCUUGUAUUUGGACCACCACUUUUUUAGGAGUCCUCCCUUUGUAUUUAUCCUUACAGUUUCGUGCAUCUGAGAUGGAGAUCUCCUACGUUUUUAUCCUUUCAUCCUUUGCACUACUUUUUUGCAUUACAGGCAACGGGGUGGACGGUCUGAAAUGUUUUGUUUGCGAUAGCGUGACUAAUCCUAAGUGUGGAGACGAUCCCAAGUUUGAUCCUGCUGCGCUUCCUUCGGUGGACUGUGAUCAGUGGUGUAAUGGCCGGGGUGGUUAUAUUGUGUACAAUAACAGUGCUCCUGCCAGUUCUUCCGAUAUACAGCGGAAUUAUCCUGCCGAACCGUGUCCAGUGCCCCCUCAAAAAUUUCACGUUUGUCGCAAAUUAAAGCAAAGCGUGACCACCAAAAAGGAAAACAACGGCUACGCUGUUUUGUCAGUUGUCCGAACUUGUGGAUUUGAAGGAUUGAAUUCUACCAGGCCUAAUGAUUAUCGCGGUGUCGCAGCCAGCAAAAGCGAUGUCUACAACUGCUUAACGGACGAAUGCAAUACUGGCGCCAAUGUUGCUUGGUCCUUCUCCAUCACUCUGGGCUUCCUGUUUGUUCUUCUAGUAUUAAGCUUUUAAAUUGCCGACAGAUUGAUACCCCGAAUUUCGCUAUGCGUUUUGAAUGUUGCUGUUGUGAUUGUUGAAAAUAGUCAGUUGUUGUCAUCAUGUGGCCCCGCGGUUAUUGAUCAGCGCUUUAUUUCGGUAUUCGGCUCCUAGUGUCACUUGUUUGUGUCUGUGUUUUUAGUAGGUUUCUUAAUUAUUUUGACAGCUGCAGUGGAAGUCAAAGGUGUUGCAUUUAUAUUAUACUGUUUUACGGAACCGAAAUGAAACGGUAUGGAUACUGGAA